AUGGCAGAUACCAGCCUCACGGUGCCUUUCAAUGUGAUCAAUGAAUUCUGUGGCUUCAUCAGCUUCCUGGUGUCCUGGUUCCACCUGAACAUUCCCAGCUGGGGAGUUAUCACCACCAUUUUGGUGACCUGUUUGGUUUGCUGCUAUCUCUUUUGGCUGGUUACAAUUCUGGCCCAACUCAACUCUCUCUUUGGACCACAACUGAAAAAUGGAACCAUAUGGUACCUCAAGCAUCAUCGCCCUUGA